AUGAGGGUUCGGAUAAGGGACCCUUCGGGCAAGUCCAGCACCGUCACUCUCGACGAGUCCGCCACCGUCGAUACGCUUCGAAAGACGAUCAAAACCGAGACAUCACUAUCUUCAUUCGAGGUCAAAUAUGGUUAUCCACCCAAAACACUCUUGCUCGAUCAACUGCCUCCUUCACGGCCUCUUUCAGAGCUUGACGUCAGGUUGAAUGGUGAACAACUGAUAGUGAACGAAGUCAAACCACCCAGUCAGAAGAGUGAUCUCCAACCGACAUCGUCAGAUCCACUGGGGCACGCCCCGAGAACGGCUGAUUCCUCAAGACACCACGGCCCAACAUCGACCGGCUUCACCAGCACGUCGAAACCGGCGGCCAGAUCCCAAGAAGCCUCGGCAGCACCACUAUCCCUAUCGCGAAAGCAGAACCCGGAAAUGGCAGAUCCACCCGAGAUCUGGUGUCCGGAUCUCCAAGGCACCUUGGUCUUACGCAUCAUGCCCGACGACAAUUCAUGUCUUUUUAGAGCCGUUGCUAGUGCGGUUCUGUCGGAUAUGGACGCAGUCACGGAGCUACGGUCCAUCAUUGCCCAGAACAUCCAAGCCAACCCCGAAAAGUACACGAAGGCCAUUCUGGACAACAAAGAACCUGACGCAUAUUGCCGGUGGAUCCAGACCGAGGAUGCUUGGGGGGGCCAGAUUGAGCUUGACAUCCUCAGCCGGCAGUUCGACAUUGAGAUCUGCAGCAUCGACGUGCAGAGCUUGCGAGUGGACAGGUACAACGAAGAUGCACCAACCCGUUGCUUUAUUGUAUAUUCUGGCAUCCAUUAUGAUACAAUCGCUCUCAGUGUGCAUGGGGAACCGCCGGAAGCAGACGUCAAGCAGUUCGUCCAGCCACUUUCUGACGAGGUUCUGCCACACGCUGUGGCCUUAUGUCAGAAACUGCAGGCGAAGCACUACUAUACCGACACUGCUGGGUUCAGGCUCAGGUGUAACGACUGCGGAGUGACGUGUACGGGAGAAGCUGGGGCAAUGAAACAUGCAGAACUGACGGGGCAUAUGAAUUUUGGAGAGGCUUCAUAA